AUGCCGUUUCCAUGGAAGAAAAUGAGGAGCACCAGAAUUUUCCAAUUGAUAAACGAUCAUUUUAGAAACAUCCAGAUAAGGCAUGGGGACUCCUCUUUAAAGAUUGAAUCUGUCUCUCACAUACCAAUGCUAGAGACACCAAAGCCGGAACCGGACGAUGACACCUCCACCAAUGCUGUCGCUGUCAAUUCAGCAGCGGUAUCUGCCAAAGUGCACCACCUCGAUCUUGCCCAAUCUCGCGUCAACGACACUCUUCUACGUAUCGAUGCUAUCGUCGACAGCUCGAGUUGUCUUGACGGUGUUCGGAAGCUACUUCAAUCGGAGGAUUUCGAGUCGGCUGCAUCUUACAUCCAGACCUUCCUCCAAAUUGACGCCAAGCGUCUGCAUCUGAUCAGCGGGAGCAACUCCUCUCCUACAAGAAGCAAUUGGAAGGCAUUGCCAAGAAGAUGCUCUCGGCUGCUGUAG